UGGCGGUGCCCGUCUGAGCGGAUCCCGAGCCACAGGCCCCCUUCAGAGAGGAAACAUGUCCAAGAAGGGGCGGAACAAGGGCGAGAAGCCCGAGGCGCUGGUCGUCGCCCUCCAAGCCGCCAACGAAGACCUCAGGACCAAGCUCACCGACAUCCAGAUAGAGCUGCACCAGGAGAAGUCCAAGGUGUCGAAGCUGGAGAGAGAGAAGACGCAGGAGGCCAAGCGGAUCCGGGAGCUGGAGCAGCGCAAGCACACGGUGCUGGUGACGGAGCUCAAGGCCAAGCUCCACGAGGAGAAGAUGAAGGAGCUGCAGGCCGUGCGGGAGAACCUCAUCAAGCAGCACGAGCAGGACAUGGCCCGCACGGUCAAGGUGCGCGACGGGGAGAUCCAGAGACUCAAGUCGGCCCUGUGCGCCCUCCGGGACGGCAGCAGCGACAAAGUAAGGACAGCGCUCACCAUCGAGGCCCGGGAGGAGGCCCGGAAACUGUUCGAUGCCGAGCGCCUUAAGCUCUUGCAGGAAAUUACAGACCUAAAAACGGCCAAGAAGCAGGUGGACGAGGCCCUGAGCAACAUGAUCCAAGCGGACAAGAUCAAGGCCGGGGACCUCAGAAGUGAGCACCAGUCUCACCAAGAAGCCAUCUCCAAGAUCAAGUGGGAGUCCGAGCGGGACAUUCGGAGGCUGAUGGAUGAAAUCAAAGCCAAGGACAGGAUCAUCUUUUCCCUGGAGAAGGAGCUGGAAACCCAGACGGGCUACGUCCAGAAACUCCAGCUGCAGAAGGAGGCCUUGGACGAGCAGCUCUUCCUGGUCAAGGAGGCCGAGUGCAACAUGAGCAGCCCCAAACGAGAGAUUCCAGGAAGGGCCGGGGACGGCUCCGAACACUGCAGCAGCCCUGACUUGAGAAGAAAUCAAAAGAGAAUAGCCGAACUGAAUGCCACUAUAAGGAAAUUAGAAGACAGGAAUACCUUGCUUGGAGAUGAACGAAAUGAAUUGUUAAAACGAGUACGGGAGACUGAAAAGCAAUGCAAACCUCUCCUGGAAAGGAACAAGUGCCUAGCCAAGAGGAACGACGAGCUGAUGGUGUCUUUGCAACGGAUGGAGGAGAAACUAAAAGCCGUUACCAAGGAGAACUCCGAAAUGAGAGAGAAAAUUACAUCCCACCCACCCUUGAAGAAGUUAAAAUCUCUAAAUGACCUUGACCAAGCCAAUGAAGAACAGGAGACGGAGUUUCUAAAACUUCAGGUCAUUGAGCAGCAGAAUAUUAUUGAUGAGCUCACAAGGGACCGAGAAAAACUCAUCCGUAGAAGAAAGCAUAGAAGAAGUUCCAAGCCAAUUAAGAGGCCAGUUCUGGACCCGUUCAUCGGCUAUGACGAGGAUUCCAUGGACUCGGAGACGUCGUCCAUGGCCUCGUUUAGAACAGACAGGACGCCGGCCACCCCCGACGAUGACUUAGAUGAAGGUUUAGCCGCGGAAGAAUCCGAGCUACGAUUUCGACAGCUGACAAAAGAGUACCAGGCCCUCCAGCGGGCGUACGCGCUCCUGCAGGAGCAGACCGGGGGCAUCAUCGACGCGGAGCGCGAGGCCAAGGCUCAAGAACAGCUCCAAGCAGAGGUGCUAAGAUAUAAAGCCAAGAUUGAAGACCUGGAGGCGACGCUGGCGCAGAAAGGGCAGGACUCACACUGGGUAGAAGAUAAGCAGCUUUUCAUUAAGAGAAACCAGGAGCUUUUAGAAAAGAUAGAAAAACAGGAGGCAGAAAACCAUCGGCUACAGCAGGAACUACAGGAUGCCAGGGACCAGAACGAGCUGCUGGAAUUCCGAAACCUCGAGCUGGAGGAGAGAGAGAGGCGGUCUCCUCCAUUCAGUCUACAGAUCCACCCAUUCUCCGAUGGCGUGAGUGCUCUGCAGAUCUACUGUAUGAAAGAAGGGGUCAAGGACGUGAACAUCCCUGAUCUCAUAAAGCAGCUUGACAUCUUGGGUGAUAAUGGGAACUUGAGAAAUGAAGAACAAGUCGCCAUCAUUCAGGCCAGCACCGUGCUAUCCCUUGCAGAAAAGUGGAUCCAGCAGAUUGAAGGCGCCGAGGCUGCCCUGCACCAGAAGAUGAUGGAACUGGAGAGCGACAUGGAACAAUUCUGCAAAAUAAAAGGGUACUUGGAAGAGGAACUGGACUACCGAAAACAAGCUCUUGAUCAGGCAUAUAUGAGAAUCCAGGAACUGGAAGCCACGUUGUACAACGCCCUGCAGCAGGAAACGGUGAUCAAGUUCGGGGAACUGCUGAGCGAGAAGCAGCAGGAGGAGCUGAGGACGGCGGUGGAGAAGCUGCGGCGGCAGAUGCUGAGGAAGAGCCGGGAGUACGACUGUCAGAUCCUGCAGGAGAGGAUGGAGCUCUUGCAGCAAGCGCAUCAGAGAAUCCGUGACCUCGAAGAUAAAACAGAUAUCCAGAAAAGACAGAUAAAAGACUUAGAAGAAAAGAAAAUUCAAAACUAUGGAUCAUACCCCAGAAAGGCAAAUGCUUCUAAACCUUUGAAGAUGGCAAAAUUGUUUACACCAGUGCAAAGGAGAUGGAAAGCUGAGAACUUGCCUGUAGCCAGGACUGCAGCUAUGUACUUUAAAGCCAUUAUUCGAGGUUGCUUACUUGACAGUUCCUACAGGACCCUUUUGAAAAUCUACACUAUAUGCUGCAUUUACUGAAAUGUGUGUAUGUCAAACCAGAAGGAAAGAACUAUAAACAAAUAUAAUGCGUAAAAGAAACAAGAAAUUCAGCAAUGGAACAGGUUCAGCAGACCCAGCAAAGAUGUGUUUUGGGACAUGGAACCAAAGUUACAAUGAAACAUUCAACUCCUGCUGUGCAGGGGGCUCUUUUAAUGUAACACCACACCCCCAUGGAAACACCAUCCCUGGAAAUAAACACCAUUUUAAAAAAAAACAAACAUCAAAGCAAACAGCAACCGAAGGGCGGGUGGGGAAUGGAGUGCGAGGAAUACCUAGGAGGAGCUAUUUACAAUAAAAGGUUUCAUUCGAAAA